AUGGAUUUUCCGACUUCAAGCGUGUUAUUCGCGGGCGGCAAAUCUUCGUUCUUGGUAGCUCUGGCAGCAUCCAUUUCCUGUUUCCUUUUCGCGGGUGCUCUUGUUUUCCGGAGAGGGAAAUCAGUGAAAAACUCUGAAUCAAAAAAUGGGAUUCUCCGUCAGUGUGAGGAAAUGACUUUGAGAUUAAAUGGCGGGGCGGAGGAGAGCCAGGCGGGGAUGUCGAUGAUGGAACAGUUGGUGCCGGAGAUCACGUCUUAUGCUCUGACUUACUUGGAUCACCAGAGCCUCUGCCGCCUCGCGAUGACGAGUUCGUUCAUGAGGAGAGCGGCCAAUGAUGACAAUGCUUGGAAGGCAGUCUACCUUAAGGACUUCACCUUGGAGCAGGAAAGUAUAAGCCCACCCAAUGGAUGGAAGGCUUAUUAUGCGGCUACAAAAGCUAUUGUUAACAUCAAUAAUGAGUUUUUUAGGAUUAUCAGGGAAAGGUCACUUCAGGCUAUGGCUCAGUUUUGGCUUAAUGCAGAUUAUGUGAAGUGUAUUCAUGCAAGUGGAGAUUCAUUCAGUGGGUAUGCUUCUUCAUAUCAGUGA